CUGGCAGGGGGAGGACAGGGUUGCGGCGGGCGGAACGGUGUCUCCUUCACUUCGCCCUCCAGCCGCAACAGCUGCAGUCCGGUCGCGAGCGAGCCGGGUCGCCUCAGCUGCUAGCGGAGCGGCAGCGGCGCCUCCCUCUCCCCGCAGGAGACUACCAGAUCACCUCUCCCCGCGGCCUCGCCAUGGCGACCCACGGACAGAGCUGCCCACGGCCAAUGUGUAUUCCUCCAUCAUAUGCUGACCUUGGCAAAGCUGCCAGAGAUAUUUUCAACAAAGGAUUUGGUUUUGGGUUGGUGAAAUUGGAUGUGAAAACAAAGUCAUGCAGUGGCGUGGAAUUCUCAACAUCUGGUUCAUCUAAUACAGACACUGGUAAAGUUACUGGGACCUUGGAGACCAAAUAUAAAUGGUGUGAGUAUGGUCUGACUUUCACAGAAAAGUGGAACACUGAUAACACUCUGGGAACAGAAAUCGCUAUUGAAGACCAGAUUUGUCAAGGUUUGAAACUGACUUUUGAUACCACCUUUUCACCAAACACGGGAAAGAAAAGUGGUAAAAUCAAGUCUUCUUACAAGAGGGAGUGUAUAAACCUUGGUUGUGAUGUUGACUUUGAUUUUGCUGGACCCGCAAUCCACGGUUCAGCUGUCUUUGGUUAUGAGGGCUGGCUUGCUGGGUACCAGAUGACCUUUGACAGUGCCAAAUCAAAGCUGACAAGGAAUAACUUUGCAGUGGGCUACAGGACUGGGGACUUCCAGCUACACACUAACGUCAAUGAUGGGACAGAGUUUGGAGGAUCAAUUUAUCAGAAAGUAUGUGAAGAUCUUGACACUUCAGUAAACCUUGCUUGGACAUCAGGAACCAACUGCACUCGCUUUGGCAUUGCAGCUAAAUACCAGUUGGAUCCCACUGCUUCCAUUUCUGCAAAAGUCAACAACUCUAGUUUAAUUGGAGUGGGCUACACUCAGACUCUGAGGCCUGGUGUGAAGCUUACACUGUCUGCUCUGGUAGAUGGGAAGAGCAUUAAUGCUGGAGGCCACAAACUAGGGCUUGCCCUGGAGUUGGAGGCUUAAUCCAGCUGAAAGAAACCUCUGGGAAUGGAUAUCAGAAGAUUUGGCCUUAAUAUAUUUCCAGUGUGACCAGCAGGCUUUCCCCCCCCCAAGAAGGUGAUCAAAACAAAGGAUGAUCCAAACAAGAGCUGUAUUUUAAAUAUUUAGACAGUUACUUGUUAGCUGGUUUCUAGUUGAAUUGGUUAUGUAUCUAGUUACCAGUGCUGCAGUCAUGCAGUCACCUAUACAUUAUUUAAAUGUAUUUAACUGUUAAAUGCGCUACCCACCAAUAAUGAAAUAGACCUUUAUGAAAACUG